AUGACUAUCUCAACCCCGUACCCCGAGUCCAAAGAAGCAGACCUCGAACAGACCGUUGUCGAGUUCCCCAGUGGAUCAGGACUUGAGAAUGACAGGGAGGCCCUUCUCGCAUCCUUCACCGCCGAGGAGGACCGCAAGGUCAUGCGAAAAGUCGACAAACGAUUCCUCCUCUUGAUCGGACUCAUGUACAUGCUCAAGAAUGUUGAUUACACCAACGCUGCAACCGUCAAAGUCCUCCAGGUUGGGGAAGACCGCAAUAUCCUAAAGGAGCUGAAUAUGACAGCGGACGAAUAUAACUGGGUCCAGUCUAUCUACUUUAUCAGCUACAUCGUCUUCGAGGUCCCCAGCAAUCUCCUGUUGAAGAAAAUGACGCCACGGAAAUGGCAAUCUCGGAUCAUUGCAACCUGGGGCCUGGUGUUGGCCUGUCAUGCUGCCGUUCAAAACAAACAAGGCAUCUACGCAGCUCGCUUCUUCUUAGGGAUGAUGGAAGCUGGUCUUUUUCCUGGUCUAGCCGCUCAACUUUGCAGCUGGUACCGCAGCGAUGAGAUGGGUAAACCGAUCAUGUGGAUGUUUGGCUUUCAAAACUGCGCUGGAAUCGUUGGAUCCCUGAUCGCAUAUGGCAUUUCUUACAUGAAUGGCCUAAGCGGCUUGAGCGCUUGGCGGUGGGUUUAUCUUCUGGAAGGACUGUUUACCAUUCUCUUCGCCGGGGUUGUAUACGCGGUACUCCCGGACUACCCCAAGUCCAAGCGGUCAUCGAAAUGGCUCACACCACGAGAACAAGCAUACCUCGAGGCGCGACUCACGGACAAUGCUCCUCGCACCCACGAUCCGGCAUUCAGCAAGAAGGAAGUGUGGGCGUCUCUGAAAGACCCGCGAACCUAUGCCUUUUGCCUGUCCCAGAUCCUCAUGAACCUCGGCGGAUACGGCCUACAAUGGCAAUUGCCCACCGUCACGACCAGUCUAGGCUUCGCCGGCCUGCCCAGGAACCAACUGCUCAACAUCCCCCCAGCCGCGGCGACGGUCUUGUCCAUCAUCUUCGCCGGGUGGUUUCUGAGUAAAGCAUACAUGACGCGGCCGCAGUUCAUCAUGAUCAUCUGUGCGGGCGCCCUGGCGUUUUUCCUCGUGCUGUGCUUCAAUGUGAGCCGGUACGCGACGUACAUUGCAUGCAUAUUCGGGACCACAUUCUACUCGGUCUACUUUAUCCCAUUCUGGGCAUGGCGGUCCGCCAGUCUGACAGGCACGACGGGCACGGCCUUCACGCUCGCGUUCCAGUCCUGCAUCGGCCAGGUCGGCGGCGUGGUGGGCCCGCAGCUGUUCCAGUCCCGCUUCGCGCACAACGGGUACAAGACGUCGUUUGGCGUGUGCGCCGGCGCCAUCGGCGCCAGCUGGAUCGCCAACGUGUGGACCUGGUACCUCACGCACGAGAACGAAGAGGACGUCAAGCGCGUCCGCCGCCUGAGGAUCAAGGCCAACAGGGACGGCGGCGUCUGGGCCGGCGAGGACGUCAAGUACAACACCGACAACAUCGACAGGGCUUGA